CGUGUGGAAUAAUAUAAUACGCCCGAAUGCAUCUUUUAUCACAUUAGUGAAUUAUGGCACUAAUGUGUCGCCAUACUGGAGCAUCCCGGUGCUGGCGUUCUGUCGUGAAAUGAUAACGCCCGGGAACGAAACGAAGGCGAACUACAAGAACGAGUUUGCCCGCCUCUUUUGUCUCUCCUGGGCUCCCGUGUGUUGUGGUUGAUCAGGAAGAACACAGUUAGGCUGGUUAGCUGCGUGAUGUUCGAACAUACAACUUGCUCGGUAUUGUAAAUCACGUCUACAUUUAGUUUAAGUCUUCAUACGGUUACAGGUUUUUCAAAACAUGCUGUUAGCUCUCAAGAUAAAAUAGCUAUUUGACCGUAUUAAUCCAAGGAUACGGAGAUAAGGGUGCGAAGCGAUGUCCACAAACAGGUGAACACCACCUCUUAUCAUACAGACAUGAUCGGCUGCCUCUUCAACCAUCCUCACAGCUGACUGAAAACCACCUCUUAUCGCACAGAGAUGACUGCUGUGAGGGACGACGAGCCUGACUCCCCCAGAUGUAGACGUUUUGUGAUUCAUUGGCCAAGUGGACCAUGCCAAUGAUCCUGUUCGCCUUCGUGGUCCGGCUGAGGGACGGCCUCCCCCUCUCAGCCUCCACGGACUUCGCGCACAACCGAGAACUCCAGGAGAGGAAGCAGCAGCUCAGGAAGAUGAGCAAGGCACUGAGCCGGUUCCCCGAGAGAGGGACGGUCAAGGGCCAGGACCUAAAUAUAUACUUCGUUUCUUCGGAGGGAGUGUCCUAUAUGGCCGUGUGCCACCGCGGCCUCUCUGUAGUCAAGGCCUUCUGUUUCCUGGAGGACUUGUGCUGGGCAUUCAAGGCGUGUUUCGAUGGCAAGGCGAUCAGCCUAGCUGCCCGGCCAUAUCCCUUUUUGGAGUUUGACGGCAGUAUUCAGAAGCUAAAGCAGCAAUACAACCAGAUCGGGGGUGGCCCGGCGCUGGAGAUCACGUUGGCUGAGGUCCAGGAUGACCUAAAACGACGGCCUCCAAAAGCGCUAACCAUAGAGGAGUUGGAGCUAGCCCAGGAGCUCGCCAACGGGCAUUUGGAGCACGGCCCUGGGUCUGGUCAGACUGUGAGACUUGAACCAGUGGCUCCAGCAGGCAUCCUAUCCCUGGUCCUCAACAUCGUGUGUGCCUCUCUGAACCUCGUCCGGGGCGUCCACCUCAUGGAGAACACCUUCCAGGACGACUAUGACGCACUAUGGAGUGUGGUGGCGUUUCUCCUGGCGUUUGUGCUAUGUCUUUUUCAGUGCCAGCUCUAUCUCUUCCACUCGUCAUACAAGAGGCUAAAGGCGCUCUCUCUGCUGGGCGUACUGGUGCUGUGCAAUGCGUCCCUGUUUGGCCUGAGGAACUGCUGGCAGCUGCUGUUCCACACAGUCGUGGCCUGUCUCUCCACCGCCCUCAUCCUGUCCCGCAAGCUCCUGGACCGGAGCAACGACUGUGGGGUGUGAGGGAAGUCUCUCUCUCUGUCUCUGGCUCUGUCUCUGUCUCUGUCUCUCUCCGUCCCGGUCAGGUUAAGUCAGUUACUGAAGGGAAAACUGGCCAAAUCAAUUACGUAGACCACUUUUAAUUGUCAUGAUGUAGGGAUUAAUGCUUAAAGGAGUGGAAUUCAGUACUUCUUUUGGACUUACACGAAGCUGUUGCACUUUGAAUACUAUAAUAUAAUUUUCUUUGCUAAGACCAAGACAUUUAAAGAGCAAGACAUCUUAAGGGAUUUUUUAUUUAUUUUCUCUUAGCAAUAUCAUUAGCUGUAUCUCAUUUCAAAAUAGAAAGGUAAAGACAGGUUAAUGACUACUGAGCUUUAUAUGUGAAGUAGGGAAAUUUGUGAUUGCUUGUUGAUUACCACAGCUUUGAGGAUACAUUUAGACUUUACUUUUAUACAGAGGUUGGUGUUACAUCUAUAGACUUUUUCUAAAUUCAACUCUGAACCAAAGUUUUAGACUCGAAGGAGACCCUUUGUGCUAUCUUAAUCCUUACAAUUGUUCAACCUGUAGAAGACAUUCUCAUGGGUUUAUUCUGGGUAUUAUUUUCUAUAUAUAUAAUGUAGGUAAUAUUGUAUUGACAUUUCGUUAUGGACGUAAUGCAUUCUCCCUAUGUUUGGGUAUUUUAGUUCCUGCUGAAGAACAAUAGGCUCUGGUAUUUGGGAGCUGGGCUGCUCUCUCUAAACACUCAAGUCUUAAAUAUAUUAGAGACAAGGGGAUACUUGCUGAUCAACAAAUCAUUUUCCAUAUUAUUGACAUCGCCCAUUCAUAACAUUGAGAGUUUAAUGAACUCCAAAUGAUUAGGCUGUUUCGAAUACUUUGUUUGAAAACAAAAAUGGGGAUUGUUUAAUAAUUCAACGCCUGCUUCCAGUCUGUUAUACAUCUGUGAUAUAUAUUAUCAAAUGUUUAUUAUUUUAUUAAUAUAAGUACUGUGGAGUUUUUGAUGAGUGUCAAAAUGAAUGUCCAAAUUCUGCACUACCGAUUUUGUUAUUGGUUGUAUUUUGAUUGAAUAUUUGCUUUAUGUUUUGCUACUGCAGUUGAUCUUAAGUGGGGUAGAUAUUGGAAUAUGAUGAGGGCAUGUUCAUUCUGUUUUAAAUAUAGUGUUCCUCAGAGGUGCAUGACCAGGCAGAAAUGUUUUUUAUUUGUAAUAAUAUGGCUGCUGAUGAAUGUGGAACAAUUGGUUGAAUGUCUAUUUUCAGUUUUAGUAGAAAUGUGCCUAAACGCUGUGCAGUGUGAAGAGGGCGUGUGUAUGUGUAGCAGAGAAGCAGAUGACGGAGAGAGGCUGUUGUGUGUUCACAGCAGCCACCAUGUUGUUGCUGUCCUUCCUGUCAUAACUUUAUUUUUCAAAUGCUCUUUCAUAACAAAUGAAGAAUAACACAUGAUCAUGAGAAAAGGCCAUCCCACGAAUGGAUGGCCUUCAGACAUAGCUUACUAGCUUAUAGUUCAGUCAUGUCAUUGUUUUGAAGUUUUUCUAUCGAAAUGUCAUUGUAUAUAUUAAUACUUACAUUCUUAAACACAAGAUGUUUAAUCAGAAGAAUUGAACAUAAUGCCCUGUUUUGUCUAAAUUAUUUGUUUUUCAACUAUAUAAAAGCAAGUCUUUUGUAACAAUUUCAUAUAUGUGAUCUUGUAUAAUGAUCAGUGCAUCUUUGAUGCUGAGAGAUUUUUUUCUCGAAGAAAAAUGCAAAAAGCGGGGAGAUUGACAAAAUAUGUAGACUGUGGCUUUCACUACCAACAUGAUUUUUAUGACCUAGUGAAAGUUCAGUAAAUAUUAUAAGAUUGUAUGUUCGGGAACACUGGAGACUGCACUGUUUAAUUUUGUUUAUUUUUGGGAUGGUACAUACCUGGCCACAGUACUGGGUCUAAAACAUUGUCCGCAUAUCAGGUGCUAGGAUUUGAUUUGUGUUGUUAUUUUGAUGCCUUCUGUCUUAAAGCCAUACGGCAGGACAUUCUUUCCUGUUCAAUUUUAAAAAUAACUCGUACAUUUGAUUAUUCAUUGGAAUUUCUGGAUAAAGUAUGUCUUACGCUUUGGUAAAACUGACAUUUAAUUAAUAAAUAGAGCUUUUUAA